ACAAUACAGUUUUUGUGAAUGCUCAUGCAGAGCGAUCUUUGUCCAGCUCUACUACACAGAGCUAUCUCUGCUCCAGAUGUGUGCUCUUGUUCCCUGAAAGCAGGCUGCUUCAGCACUCCUUCCCUCAGUUGAAAGCAGGUAUGUGUUUUUCACAGCUCUGAUGGGAUGCUGUCAGGUAAGGUCCACUGCAGUAGUCUGAGUGAAGUUAUUCAUCUAAAAACUCCCUAUUUCCAGUUGUACAGCUUUCCUAGAACAAGGAUAAUAUUUUGGGGACCAUUCUAAUGAGCUGUCUUGCUUAGCACAUUGCAUGUUUUUAAAGAGGAGACAUUAUCCCUGAUUUUCUUCUUGUGUGCCUGAGCAGUUAUCAAUGUGGGACGAUCUGUAGAGAAGAUGGCAAAGAAAAAUGCUGAACUUGAAACCGUUAAAAGCAUGUCAGGAGCCAUCAGUAUUUCCCAGCAGAGUUUCAGCAGUCACUUUAAGGGGCUAACGGCUGCACGUGAUUCCAAAUCUUUCAGCGCUGAGAGAUCUCAUCAAAGCAACCAUAAGGUUCCGGCCUGGACAGGGGCGCUGAAGAAAGUUUUCAAGACCUAUGAUAAAAAGUCCAGGCGUCAUGAGUUUUGUGAAUGGAGUCUGGAGGAGGGUCGAUACUUCAUCAUGGAGCUGGCAAAGGAGCUGAACCGGGGCUGGGAGAACCCCAUCAUACCAUCCAAUGUGACCGGUGAGGAAGUUUGUAGUCUUGAAGAGUGUCGGAGCUUCAUCGUGAAAUGGGCUGACGAGUUGGACAAGCUUUACCAGAACGCUGUCAUGCCAUCCAAUGUGUCAAGUGAGGAAAUGUGUAACCUUGAAGAGUGCCGGAGCUUCAUUAUGAAAUGGGCUGACGAGUUAGACAAGCUGAACGAGGGGGCGGAGGGAGAGGAGCAAAGGCUGAAGGAAGGCCAGCACAUCAUCAUGGAGUGGGCAAGGGAACUGAAGAGAGUGCCGGAGGUAUUGUUAACACGGGUUCCAGAUCCCUAUAAAAUUCACCAACUACAUGAUUGCACCUUCCUAGGUUUGACCUUGGAGAGAGUCAAACAAAUAACAAGCAGACUUAACCCUGGGAUUUAAGCAAUCAGCUUUGAUGAUAGGUUGCGGGAACUGAAUUUAUUUAGCCUAAAGCAAAGACUAAGGGGAGCUUGAUUGAAGCGUCUCAAUCUUAAAAUUAAUUGACAAAGUUAACCCAAGGCAAUAGAAUCCAAGACAAGUGGAGGCAGACUGAGAACACAAGGUAGGAGACUCUUCUUUACAAAGAGUGUUGAGGGUAUAGAAUGGGUUACUAGCCAUGUUGUUAAUGUUGAAUCACUGGGAUUCUUUAAGGCUUAACCUGACAAAGGUCUGGGAUCAACCAGCUACUAGGAAUCGGACAAGCUCUGGUGGGCAGAAUGGAUUCUUAUUACUUGAGUACAUUUUCACGAAAACAACCUGAAACUUGGUAGGUCAGAUAGAACCCUAUUGAAAAACUCUCACAAGUCUGCAACUGGCCAUCUUUUGAAGCCCACUAAUUAUAGUUUUUAAAUGUAUAUCUUACAACAGGCAAAUACAAAAAUC